AUGCCCAAAAGAUCUCUUGAUGCUGCGAACAUGGGCAGCCCAAUCAAGCCUGCCCCAACCCGAAAGACUGAGCGAUCCCAUGAAGAAAACCAGGAGCGAGCGUAUAUUGCUGCCUCAAGGCGAGCGGAUCGAAGCCUCGAAGCCCGUGUUCAGUCGGCUAAGAUGGCCAGCGAAAUCCACAAGAAACGAACUGGCAAGGCCUUCCGAAUCACAGAGCAGAUUGUUAUGAAGGAGGAGAUGUACGAGGAAGAGGAUGAUGAAUUCCCUAGAUCAUACCGGAUCCUCAAGCAGAACAUGCAAACCGACAAUCCCGCCUUCAAUGCUAGAGUGGACGCAUAUCUCAUUAACCGCGUGGCCAUGUCACAAAUGAUCUCGGCCACUGAGAGCGACUGGCGCAAUAACGAAAUCAACAUGGAAUUCGCGAAGAUGUUCCCUCAGGCUAAGCAACAAGCCCAAUCUCUUUCCCACAGAUACUCCACGCCAGGCUACUCAGCACUUCACACACAAAACAACACUAUCUCAUCCCCCAUGGAGCAGCAUUUUGAGCCAAACUUCCAGCCUAUUAACUAUGGCCAACCGGGUAACAAUGGACAUGGCGGUCGAAGUCUUUCCAUGUCAGGCCCUAUAUCAGAGCCAAGGAACGACACAGCCAUGUCACCAUCAGCUCUCACACCAGGUUUAGGGUCCCAUCCCGAGACGCCGCAACCUCAUUGUACAGCAUCUUUUGCAAACGUACAGCCGCCUCACAUGAUGGAAUAUAAUUCAGACAGCUCGGCUUUCACUUCAGAGCUACCGACUGAGGCCAGGCUGUUGAUGGGUGGGGGCAUGAACGAGACCUUUAGCUCUGCCCUUUACCCUGAACCUCACAACUGGGUGGGUUCUCAAUCUUAUCCUUACAGCGGCGAUUCCAAGUAUGUUGAGGAGGAAGAUGUUGGCCUUGGCAUCGCUGGCGAGAGUUACCCUGAGAUAUCGGACACGGCACCAUGGGAUCGCUUCGACACCGGCACACCCACCAAAACCUUUGGCGACCAAGAGCCCGCUUGGGAUUAUUUCCUCAAUGAGAAUUGGGGCAAUGACCAGCAGCAGCAAUAA